AUGGGCGCUCGCCUAUCUCAACCACGAGCGCCAGAUGGCAUAAACGAGGCCUCCGUGCCUUCCUCUUCCGGUCCUCCACCUUCGCCCAAGAAUCCUUUUACCCGCCGUAUCAAUGCCAGGACUAUAGUAGCACCCGCCGCUGCACUAACAAUGGCGUGUAUACUCUUUGUCUACACUCGCACAAGCAUACGUGCGGCGAAGGAGAAUGCACGAAGGCAUCGCAAUGUAGACAGCGGCGGAGCGGGUCUGAAUCUCAUGGAGGAAAACCGGCGAAGGCAUGGUUUGUCGCAACGCUUAGAU